CUCUCCACUCUUCUUCUUCUCCUCCAGUCUCUUCUCUGUCAGUUCCUUUUCUUUUCUUUUUUGUUUGGUUAUAGUAAGGACAUUUUGGUCAUUAUUGAAAACAACGGUUAUGAAUUACUGUUUUGCUCCGCCGUAACUGUUAAUAGCGGAGAGUUAGGGUUGCCGAGAGAAAUGGAGAACAGCAACAGUAACUCCUCCUCCUCCGCAUUGCAAUUAUCAUCAUCAUUGCGAGAAGCUCAAAAUAAGGCAGAGAGGAUCUCAGGGCAUAAUUUUUAUUCACCUGUUGGACAAUACAUGAGAGCUCAUGGAAGGAUGUCAGACACCACAUUUGCUGACGUUGCUAAUCUAAGCUCCUGUACCUCGAGCCAUGGUGACCUAGGCAGUUCAUUUCUAGCUCUCCUAUCUGGGCCUGCAUCACUUUUAAAGUUUGAUUGUCAGGAAUUGUCAAGUUCUAAACCGCUUAGUAAGUCUGUUGAAUUUGGCAGCGUAUCAUUUAGUCCAACUGGAAGUCAGGUUCCUCUUACAUCUAUUGACCAACCAUCAGAAAUUGGAUUUUAUCAAAACAUGCAUAGUCAAGCUGACCCUUGUCUAAGGAUUUCACCGAGGGUUGCUGCUGCUAGCUCUAUUUGCGGCAAUAAUACUGUCAUUCAAAAUGGUCUUCCAGCUGCAAAAGUUAGUGUUCAUGGCUCUGACAUGGACAGAACAGUUGUUCAUAAUGCAGGUCUUGGUAAUGAGAAAUUGAAAGAGUUUUAUCCUUUGAGAGGGGAGUGGCUCAGUACAUCACCUGCAAAUCCUUUCAAGCUCCAGAAACUGCCAUUAGAAGAAGAGUCCUUUGCUUCUAAUAAUUCAUCCAGGCUUAAAAGUGGAUGUCUACGGGUCUUCUGCAUGGAUAUAAGCGGAGACCUACUACUCAGCAACACGGGACUUCUAGGAAUUCUUUGCUCAUGUCAUUGCUUCCAUAUGUCUGCCUCUAAAUUCUGUGAGCAUUCAGGUCUAUGGAAUGUUAAUCCUGGUAAUGCUAUUCGAAUGGCUAGUGGAGAGACAAUUGCUCAGUGGCGAAAGCUCUAUUUCCAGAAAAUUGGGAUUAGGGUUCCAGGAGAUCAGAGUGGGUGGGACUGGACUGAAGGAUUUCCGUUGACCAACAUGAGGUCUGGUGUGUCUAUAACCAACAUGCCCAAGAGUUCUGAUGGCAUUGGUCUGCUCUCUUCAUCUGAAGGUUUAGCAAGGUCAAAACGGCCUUUGAGUAAUGUCGUUCCAAAGAAUUUUCUUGCGGAUCCGAAUUCAGUUAUUGAGGCUUUACAUGAUAAACAAUCGAGAAAUGGUCAGGUCGGUAACCAAUUUCAUCUCAAAGGUUUAGUAGGCACUUCGCAAAGCAAUUCAUGCAGUGUGGGGGAUGCCCAUGUGACUGAUAUCUCUAGUUGCUCAAUCAUGACAAAUGUUGCUGGCAGAGGACCAGAUAUAUCAUGUCAGUCUAUGUAUAUUGAUGCUAUUAUUAAGAACAGAAGUUUGGCUACUACUCACACUACCUUGCAAAAUUGUAAAUCUGCUGCUAGAAGUUCCGAUGUUGUCGGGGAUAAAGAAGCACUGAAUGGUGCUAUUAUGGAUAAGGAUGCUACUUUUUCAAGAAUAGAGUUGAAGCUUGGACAACCCUUUCAACAGAGUCAGUCUCCAGGAAAUCCCGUGCAAUCUGUAAUAGGACCACAGCUCUACAACAGACAUAAUUCACAUAAUUUGUUUUCUCACGAGCAGCUGAUUAAUAAUGUAGCCUGCUUCCAUGGAGAGGAAUCAAGACAUCUUCUCCAUGCUGCUGAGCUGUCUAAUUCUGCCACAAGAAAAGAACAAAACCAGUUGAUCUAUGGAAACUUUGCAAUCACGAAAUCCUCAAAUGCUGAUAAACUAGAAAAACUCAAUUUAGACACUCCAGUUUCACUAUUUAAACACUACACUUUGCCUGAGGGGAGACUGCCUUCUGAUGCAGCUAAUAAUUUUCUCAAUAUCAUGCCUGAGAGAAGAGACUCUGGAUCUCAUGCUGUCAAGUCAUACCCUACUGAUUUCCCCUGGAUCGGGGGCAAUGCUUUAAAUAGGCAGCAUACUAUCCCUGAGUUAGAUUUCCUCAAACCUACAGGAAAUGGUAAAGAGGUGGGCUGUAUUGCUAGUAGUUCUUACUUUGGAAAAGCUCCAGGAUCUAGUAUGCAGAAGGAAAUGGACAAUCCAAGCUCAUAUAGUGGAGCUGUGCAUGGUGCCACUCACAUAACCUUUCCAUAUAUGCAUGACAGAAACCGGGACCCGUAUCUCUUGUCUAAUGUGCCACAGGACGUGUUAUAUGCUGCAAAUUUCUCCAACUGUCUUGGAAAGUCUCCUUGUUUCGAGACAAAUGAACUUAUAGAUCAUGUAUUCUGCAGAUCUAAGGGGUCAUCAAUGGAUUCUAUUAAGUCAUGGGAAGUUCCAAUAGUUUCUUCCUCAUCUACUUCAACCUACAUUCCUGGGCUGGCUCAUGCUAAUUCGAAGCAGGAGAGCUGUUUCAUGAGCCCUUAUCAGAUGGCUAAUGAUUUUGAUAAAUUCACAUCUGUGGCAGGUUUAAAUAGAUGCUGCAAUUACUCAAUCUCGACACAAGGUAUGCCUCUCCAGUGUGAAGAAUUUGGCAUGCUGCGUCAACUUCCUCACGAUCUGAUCCAGAAAGAGCAGUCCUUAUUGAGGCUUGGUAAAUGUCAAGAUAACAUGAUUCACUCAAAUGAGCGUGAAAGCUGUUGUCAGAAAACACUUUAUUUUCAAUACAACUGCAGUUGUUCUGCUCCCACAAAAUGUAAAGGAGGAGCAUGUCUUUCCGGAGCUGGAGAUGAUUUCUUCAGCGAUCAAAACAAAACUGUUAGCUGUAAAACCCCUGCAUUAAUUGUUUCACAAUUUGCUAAGGAUCCCAUCAUUCCGAAAGUAAAUGCCCUUUCCUUUGAUCAAUGUGGAGUUUUGAAGGGGCAACUAACUAAGAACGUCACUUAUCAUACUUCUGAGUGGAAAGAUGUGCCAAGCAAGUUAAAGCAGGUUUAUAACUUGGAUUGUGGACAACGAUCAAUGGAGACAUUGGAUAAAACAGAACCUGAGUUUGGUCAGCUUGAAGAUAAUGCUGCAAAGAGAUCUGAUGGUGCAGUUCCCAUGGCAGACUGUUUCAAAAUGGAAGACGUGUCUAAUGUAUCUUCCGGUUGCUCAACCCAUGCUGUUACUCAAGCAUCAUUCAAGGUUACUAAUAGUAAUGUGGACUCUUCAACUGUCGUUGGGAUUACUGGAAACAUAAAUAAUAUGGUUGUUGAUGAAGGAUCAGGCCUGGGCACUAAUAAAUGCUGGUCAUCUGAUGAUGCCUUUGAAAGUGACAGAAGCACCAACUUCUAUGGUUCCACUUGUAAGACAAAAUGGGCAAAUGCACAAUUGUGCAAUUUUCCUGUUGAUAAAUCAUCUCGUAGUCUUCUUGAUGAAGUAAAGCUCAUGGAUUCCUUGACAUGGAAGGAAGGCCGAAACCAAAAACAUUAUGAGAUUACUGCUUAUGGGAAAGCCAAUCAGUCAGAAGAGUCUAACAGAAGCUUGAAAAUUGGGAAGAGGAAGAGAGAAAUGCAAUUGAAGGUGUUAGAUGAACCAUUUGGCACAGCAGUACCUGUGCUGCAUGGUAAAUGUCCUGAGAGUGAGGGGACUGCUGAUAAGCCUUGUUUAUCCAACAAUGCACAAAAAGUUUCAUCUGACCCAGAAUCUUCUUGGAAGUCUGAUGCUCCCUAUUUUAGAAUUAAUUCCAAACACAGGAACUCCACACUGUCCGUUACCAAAACACAGUCUCAUAAACAAGAAAUUCAGAGUCUCAUAAGCAAGUAUGAAUUGCUGGAUAAUAUGAAUGCAGCUUCAGCUCAGCAGGCGACUCUCUGCUAUUUGAAAGCAAAACCUGUUGUAUGUGGAAUAUAUGGUGAAAUAGUUAAUAGGGAUUUGAUUGGAGAUGUGCCAAAGUCAGUUAAAAUUGUCUCUCUAGAUAAAGUCCUUAGAACAGCAAGUAGAUGCUCACUUCCCAAAAAAUGUAAACCUGGACCGACUUCCUUAAAAGAGAUAAGAACCGACUUCUGUUGGAGCAAUGCUCCCUUUGACAAAUUCUCCAAUUUGAGGAAGGAGAAAAACCAUGGGAAGAAUGAUGCUUUGAUCCAUGAGGAUGUAAAUAUUCACACCUCUCCAGGAGAAAGGAAUAAUUCGUUUGCUAGUGAUGACGAACACUCGGCUGAUGAGUUUCCAGUGCUAGAGAAGAGUGACGAUAAAAGUGGGAGAGGUUGUAUGGUACUGGACACUAAAUCUCAUGCUCAGUCAAAACUGAAGUAUAAGGAAAUUCACAGCCUUUAUGAGCUGACAUUAACAGGAAAGAGUCCUAAUCCUAAAAUGGUUUCUGGAAAUAAUAUUUUCAGACAAGUGCCGAAAAUAAAGCUCGGUAAUAUUUUGGAGAAUUCUCACAAAAGUCAAGUUAAUGGAUCAGAUAAAGUUGACCUCAAAAGAUGUGCUGAAGAACCAGGGCAGCUGUCAAUCACGGACGUAGACUCUUGCUGUUCUGUUUGUAGAAGCUCAAACAAUGAUAAACUUAAUUGCUUACUGAAAUGUGGCGGAUGCGGAUGUUCAGUCACAGUACAUCACGCUUGUUAUGGUGUUUCUAAAGUUCCCAAAGGCUACUGGUAUUGUAAACCUUGCAGGAUGAGUUCUAGAAAUAUCGGUUUGCUGCAAAGUGAAGCUGAAGGUAUUGUUGAUGAAAAUGUUGGCUUUUAUGAAAGAUGUGUGCUACACAUGACCUACCCAACACAUGAAUUUGCUUCUGAUGCAGCCACCUUUGAAGGAAGCUGUGCUAGGACCGAGGGCUAUAAGGGUCGCAAACGGGAUGGGUUCUGGCACAAUACUAGCAGUCAACGGAAGGGAAAGUGUGUUGUUCCGCAGGAGCAAUUCAAUGCGUGGAUUCACAUUAAUGGACAGAAGUCAUACACACGGGGGAUUUUGAAGCCUCCAAAGUCAGAAAAGGAGUACGACUGUCGGAAGGAGUACAACCGGUACAAGCAAAGAAAGGAUUGGAAACAUUUGGUUGUUUACAAGUCUGGCAUACAUGCCCUCGGCCUUUACACAUCUCGAUUCAUUUCUCAGGGUGAAAUGGUGGUGGAGUAUGUUGGUGAGAUUGUUGGGCUACGGGUGUCUGAUAAAAGGGAGAAUGAAUAUCAAUCUGGACGAAAACUGCAGUAUGAAAGUGCUUGCUACUUCUUCAGGAUAGACGAAGAACAUAUUAUAGAUGCAACCUGUAAAGGAGGAAUUGCUCGCUUUGUCAAUCAUUCAUGCCUGCCAAACUGUGUGGCCAAAAUUACAUCUGUGAGGAACGACAAGAAGGUUUUCUUUUUCGCUGAGAGAGACAUUUAUCCCGGGGAAGAAAUAACAUAUGACUACCAUUUUAACCAUGAAGACGAAGGUAAAAAGAUAUUUUGCUUUUGUAAUUCAAAAAAUUGCAGGGGCUCUUUGAACUGAUAUCUAAUUUACACUGCUUGUAAAUAUAUCCUUUUUGGAGAAGGCUAACAAAGGCAUUUGGCCCAUGUCAAUUUGAAAUAUAUUAGGAGUUAUGAAACUUGUUUGCUGCAUUA